AUGGAUGCACAAUUGCAGAGGAAGUCGAGGAUCCUCAGCCGAAGGGAGAUUGAGGCACAGAUUGCCAAUGGCCGCUCCAUUUUCAUAGUAGACAACAAAGUCUUGAAAGCCGACGCUUGGCUGCCGUACCAUCCUGGUGGGGACAAAGCUAUCCGGCAUAUGGUAGGACGAGAUGCUACAGACGAGGUCACUCGGUUCCACUCCUCGCAGACACUUGAGCUCAUGAACCGCUACCAGAUUGGCCGUAUUGAAGGACGAUGGACAAAUUUCCUACCGCCAAUUCAGGGAGGGAAGUUCAGAUCACAAGAGGAGCUGGAUAGACUGUCAGAAGAAGAGUAUCUUGAAUCAGGUCACUCGUCAGAGCAAGAGACGCCCAGCUCUUCCUCUUCGGCAGACCAAAGCCCAGUGUUCGAGCCGGCCGACCGUCCUGCCGCUUCCUUACGACAACGCAACGCGACGAUCCUUCGACCGUCCUCUACCUCAUCCAUAUCGUCAGUCGAUCUUGACGAGACAACACCCUCACCGAAGAUGUCGGUGCUUGACAGGCGAACACAACAGGAGCUAGACUUUGACAAGGCUAAAUACCCAUCGGUAGACUUCAAGACGCAAGAUAACAUCACCCAGAAAUACCGGGAGUUACAACAGCGCAUUGUCGCUGAGGGUUUGUACGAUUGCCACUAUGCAUCCUACGGAAUCGAAUGCUUACGCUACGGAUUCUUCUUAUGCGCGUUUCUUUACCUCCUGUCCCAUGGCUGGUAUAUUACAAGUGCCAUUCCUCUGGCCUGUCUGUGGCACCAGCUUACAUUUACUGUUCAUGAUGCUGGACAUAUUGGCGUUACCCACGACUUCACGACCGAUUCAACCAUCGCCAUGUUCAUCGCAUCGUAUGUGGGCGGCUUGAGCGCCUGCUGGUGGAAGUACAACCACAACGUUCACCACCUCGUCACGAACGACCCAGAGCAUGAUCCAGAUAUCCAGUAUAUACCAAUUUUCGCCGUUACGCACCGUUUUUUGCAGGGCCUUACGACAACCUACUACGAGAGGGUCAUGGAGUACGACGCCGUUGCGAAGGUCUUGGUCAGGAUCCAACACUACACGUACUAUCCUAUUAUGCUGUUUGCGCGUUUCAAUCUCUACCGAUUGAGCUUGGAGCACUUGAUGAGCGGGAAAGGACCGAAAAAGGGUUCGGCGUGGUGGCAUCGCUAUUUUGAGCUCACUGGUAUAGCAGUCUUCUGGACCUGGUACGGCUACGGAGUCGUGUACAAGUCGAUUCCAACCAACUGGAGCCGCUUCUGGUUCGUGUUAAUCAGCCAUGCUCUGACCUCACCACUCCACAUUCAGAUUACUCUCUCCCAUUUCGCAAUGAGCACCGCCGAUCUUGGCAUUCAUGAGUCGUUUGCGCAGAAGAUGCUACGCACAAGCAUGGAUGUCGAGUGCCCGCAAUGGCUAGAUUUCUUCCACGGUGGUCUUCAGUUCCAGGCCAUUCAUCACUUGUACCCAAGGAUUCCCAGGCAUAGACUUCGAGAGACACAGAAGCUGGUCCAAGAAUUCUGCAACGAAGUGGAUAUCCCCUACGCCUUGUACGGGUUCGUAGAUGGAAAUAAGCAGGUUAUAGGUCGGUUGGCGGAUGUCGCAAGGCAGGCUGCGAUAUUUGCCGAGUGCCAGAGGACACUUGCUGCAGAGGGCGAUUACGGUAUGCAUUAG